GAGAAUGCAUGAAGCUUUUCCGCUUCGCUUGAGAGUGUAGUGCGCAGUUUCGGCUAAGGAAGAGACAAAAUCGGAAAGCGAAACACCCGUAGAUUCUAUCGCCCUUUCUCUCUGUGUGCUUGUGUGCAUUGUGUACGGCACACAAAGCCACUGAAACAUCCGCACUAACUCCGUUUUCUUCCGAUUCCGAAGAUCCUUUCAUUCUCCUAGAAUGAGUCGCUACGAUCCAAACCCUUUCGAAGAAGAAGAGACUCAUGUCAAUCCCUUUGCGGAUGGGACAGCUAAAAAAGGAUCUGGGCAAUCAAGUUAUGGUGGAGGGGCAUUUUACACUACUAACCCUGGAAGUGUUCCUUCUGCGACCUCAAGGCUUUCACCCCUUCCUCCCGAGCCUUAUGAUCGUGGGGCAACUAUUGACAUCCCUCUUGAUAGCUCAAAGGAUGUCAAAGCAAAGGAGAAGGAACUUCAAGCUAAAGAGGCUGAACUGAAAAGAAGGGAACAGGAACUAAAAAGAAGAGAGGACGCCAUAUCACGAGCUGGUAUUGUAAUAGAGGAAAAAAAUUGGCCACCUUUUUUUCCCAUCAUUCAUCAUGACAUUGGAAAUGAAAUACCAAUACAUCUUCAGAGGAUGCAGUAUGUUGCAUUUACAACAUGGUUAGGUUUGGUUCUGUGUCUUUUGUGGAAUAUAGUGGCAGUUACCACUGCUUGGAUCAAAGGAGAAGGUCCAACCAUCUGGUUUCUUGCUAUUAUAUACUUUAUAUCUGGUGCUCCAGCAUCCUAUGUAAUGUGGUAUCGCCCCCUUUAUCGUGCUAUGAGGAAGAAUGUGAGCCUUCUAACUUCUAAGGCAACUGUAAUUAUAAGUAUUGACACUUUACAAUUAAAGCAGUUUCUAUACCUGGAUGAUAUGCAUUUCUAUACCUGGAUGAUAUGCAGGAAGAAUGUGAGCCUUCUAAAGCAAAUGUAAUUAUAAAUAUUGAAAAGCUAGUCAGAACAAAAUCACCUUGUCCAAUAUCUUGAUCUUAUCUUUUGUGGGAAGGGACACCAAAAGAAGAGGGUGGGUAGAGUGGGUGGAUUUUUAUUGAUGGUUAACCUUCUUCCAAUUUGUGAAUAAGCAGGACACAUAAAUGUAUUGGUUUGGUAUACCAAUUCUAAAUUCCAAACCAAACUGUGUUUGUAGCAUUUUUUUAAUCAAAUUAUUAUACUUUUGAAUUUUUGUUAUGGUUCAAUCCUGCUCGGUUUGCUUCGUUUUCUUGGCUGAACUGUACUAUACAACAACAACAAGCCUUGUACCACUAAAUGGAAUCGGCUACAUGGAUCAAAUUCCGCCAUAAUGUUCUAUCCAAUACUAUGUUUCUUUCUAAUUCGUUAAUCUCGAGUUUUUUAUAGUUUCUCUUAUAGUUUUUUUUGGUCUUCUUCUACCUCUAGUUGUUUGACUCCUCUCCGUCUGAACUACUCCUCUUACAACAUAAUCUACCGGUCUUCUGUCUACAUGUUCAAACCACCUAAGCCUAUUUUCCAUCAUCUUUUUUUCUUUAGGUGUUACCCCAACACUUUCUCUAAAAUUAUCAUUUCUAAUCUUAUCUCGUCUACUCUUUACCACACAUCCAACACAACAUCCUCAUCUCUGCUACAUUUACUUUAUUCUCGGGUUGAUUCUUAUGAUUAGAAUAGGGUGUGAUAUGUGAAUAACAAGCUCAUCCAAAUCUGCUGUGCCAAAUAGUGUUCAAAGUAGUUUCCAUAGUAUUAUUCUGAACGAAAUGAUCACAUGUAAGAGUGUUCAGAGAGGGAGAUGUUGUAGUGUUGAACAAACCACCAAAGGUGUAGAGACACCCUAUAGAGCCUUGUAAGAGAACUUCAGAUUGAGGCAUGAGACUUUACCAAACACUUAUCAGCAUGGGAUUCAAAAAGGACAUCAUUAACCUUAGCAAAUUUUCUAACAUAUAUGAGAUUUGUUCUAAUAUCAGGAACUGGUAAUAGUUUUUGAAGUUUCAUUUGUGUGUGUGCUUUGUGAGUUGAAUGAAAUUUUUUGGAGCCAAUAGAUGUUAUGGACAAACCUUGACCAUUGUCAUGUAAAACUUGAUUAGAACCUGGUAGAAUUUCUCCAUCAUGAAAGCAGUCUGAAUAAUUGGUGUAACCUGAUGUGUUGCAUCUGAAUCUGGACACUAUUGCCGUGUAGAAGGACUGAACAUGGCUUGACUAUCAUUGCUAGAGCCUAUCAGAUGGGCCUAAGUUGUCUUGCUUGAGGAAUUUGAGCUAACCUAGAUGCAAGACUAUGUGAUGCUCUAUUUGCUGAGUGAGAGUUGCAUUGAUUUGUAUUAGGUAUCCACUUAUUCCAUCCUGGCGAUGGAGCUUCCUUCCAUGCUUGAGAAUUAUUCCAAGAUGUAGGUUCGAGCAUCAUAGGCAUCAUGGAUGAGUGCCUGUGAUAAUAUAACAAAUAUUGGCAUCUCAUGCCUUGGCUUAGAGUUGAUCUUCUGACACUAAACCUUGGAUAUACCUGCAAAACGACCUCCUU